CUUUUCACGAUUUCUGUGGCCAGCAAGGAACCCGCGGAGCCAGGCGUCGCGCGUGUCUCAGCGACUGGGCCGAUUUCUCUUUUCGCUGAGAUGCCCCUGCGCAGCAGCGCGCGCAACCGCGGGUCUUUUUUGCGACAUUUCCGGAAUUCCCUGGCGGCCAUUUCGGCUUCGUCUGCUUCUUUGCGCCUCCUCUUUUCCCUAAGCAUCAUCCGCAGGCCCCAGCGGCGCCUCGCGCGCAUCUGCAAUCCCGAGUCCCCGGCUCUGCAUGCGCUCGCGCUCAGGGGGUGAGAGAUCACGACACUUGGCCUUUCUGCGUGCUCAGAUUCGCGGACGCGUCUGCGCGCCUUUUUGCGCCUGUUUCCUGCCUCCUCAAUUCUCCUCUUUUGAUUUUUUCGGAGGACCUCUCGGAGCCCUCGUCUCUGCGCCUCGCCAACGCGCUCUGCAAGCCAUGCCGUGGCCGCUCGCAGACAAACCGGGUCAUCCCAGUCCAGUUUUUUCGCAAAGAGACGCUCGGAGACAAGGUGCACUACUUUUUUAGUGCCUGUUCCUCUCUCCGCAUAGCUGGCCUCUGUUGGACUCCUCCUGAGUCGCCGAAAAAAAGCCAAAGGGCGACGAACGCAGCGGCAGCCAGCCCAGGUCUCCGCUCGCGCUCUUCUCCGCGAAAGUAUGACGCCACAUGCAGCACACCAGAGUGCGGCUUCCACGAAGGAUCUCGAUCAGGCACCCGACAAUCCCUUCAGAUUUCAAGAGACAUAACAAUCUGGCGCCAAACACUCUCCUCUGUUCCCUCAUCCUCUUGUGACAUGAUAUAUGCAUAUAUACAUGUAUAUAUAUAUAUAUAUAUAUAUAUGUCCUUAUGUUUGUCUACGUACGUAUUUGCGUCUGUGAGCUUGUGUAAACAUGCUUAAGUGUUUGAAUGUUUUUCUUUCGGUGGUUGUUGAUCUCGCGCAAAGACGUGAGGCGCUUGUUUUUCCAAUUUCGCUCCGGAAAAGAAAGUGACGAAGUGUGUGGCUGCGCCCUCCUUUUUCAUGGGGACCGCAUGUUGGACGACGAACGGACUGUUCCUUCACCCUUGCGAAAGCGUUUCCUUUUCUCUCCAGUUAAAGCUUUUCAUGCGUGCGCCUCCAUGCAUGGUCAUCCCUCUAUGCAUAUUUGCGCACCUGCAUGCGUAUGCGUAGAGAUCUGUAUAAAUGGGGCAACACUGAAGAAACUGCUCAGAGGUUUCCUCUCGGUGCUCUCUGUGUUCUGAUUGGUGAAGGAGGCUUUUGAUGUCUGAACGGAGCAGACAGAGGCGCUUCGUAAUUGGCGCGACAGUGACUGCCAUGAAGGUUCACAGCGCCAAGGAGAGCAGACACGCUUAGCAGCGCAUUUCACUCCCGUUCGUCAGGAAAAUUCAGAACAUCCCGCAUCUGAACAUCGCACAGACACCUCAGAACCCAUUGGCCUUUGCCUCGCCUUUCUCCCUGUCCCUUGUCCUCUCUCUUCUGCGCAUGCAUCGCCGCUGCCUGGACUCGCCGGAGGGUGCACCAGGGCCUCUGCGUCGUUUCUUCACAUAUUGCUUUUUCUCGCUCUCGCGUGGAUGUUCUGCGAGAGCCUCUCUCCAUAGUGGUUCUUCAUCUCGAGCUCGAAGGCGUUGCAACGUGCCGUCUUCGUUCGCUGCUGUCUAUCAAAAUGUCAGGCGCUCCGUCCUUGGACGCUGCACUUCCUGACAGCGACGCCGCCCCAGAACGUCGAGAGUCCAUCUGCGGCGAUCCAACAAACGGUUUGCCUUGUUCUUCUUCUUCGUCUUCCUCUUCUUCAUCCUCUUCUUCCUGUGCGUUUCCGUCUUCUUCCUGUGCGUCUCCGUCUUCUUCCUGCGCGUCUCCGUCUUCUUCCUCUUGUUCUUCUUCUCUAGGUCCGUCUGAGCUUCUGUCUGCUUCGUCUGUCGUUGUGGAGGAGAGUCAGUCUCCCGAGGGCGUUUCGGCGCGGACUGCAGAGGGAAACAGAUGCAGCGCGCCGGCCGCGCGCGGGAGAGAACAAGAGAAAGCCGCUGCCAGAGGUUGCCGCAGACCCGGGCGACGGAGGGGACGGAGGCCGCGGGAAGAGACCGAGCCUUGCAUGGAGGGAGGAGCGAAGAAAAGUCACAAAACCAAUAAUGCAUGCGUUAGGGAGGGCGAGAGGGGAGCGCAACGGAGUGGCGGCGAAGGAGAAUACGGCGGCGCUCUGACGAACGAGGCGUCCAGGGCGGGGACGCCAUUCGCACGUGGAGAGAGACAUGAAGAAGGUGCAGGAAGAGGCCCGGAGGAGACAUCUGUGCCCCCGCUGCAGAGUACCGCGCCUCAGCGUGUAGUAAACGAGGGAGCUGGUUCUUCUUCGUGUUCUUCUGUCUGUGUUGGGGAGAGUUUGGGAAGGUCUCUCGUCGCUGCUGAAGAGGCCACAGAGGAAAGAGUCGAGGCCCCGUCUCGUGAGCUUCCCAACGCUUCUGUAAACCGCAAAGGAGCGCUUCGAGAAGCAGGCAAUGUUCUUGAAACGUUGCGUGCUUCUCCACCUACACCUUCGUCCUCAGCUUCGUUCUCUUCUGUUGCUUCGUCUGCGUCGUCGGCCCCCCUCCCGGAUGUGAGUCUCUCUUCCUCUGCUCUGCCUUCUGCUCCUAUGCGCGCGGAUUCUCGGACUUCUCUUGGGCUGGGUCAGUCCGUCGCGGGGCGCCCUCACACGCCUCUCGUGCCUGCUGAUCUUCAACCGUCAAUCAUUGCAGCGGACGAGAUGCGGCGCAUGCUGCUUCUGGAGUACAAAGUUCAGCAAGUGUCUCCUCUGGCGUCCGCGCUGUCUCCGCGACUCGGCCACCGCGUCUCUCGCCUUCGAAGUUCUUCCCUGUGGCCUCCCCCCCGCGAGGUUGAGGAUUCGCGGCUUCGUUUGGCGUCCUUCGCUGACACUCCAGGCGCGCUGUCGGACCUCGACCUCGGCCUGGACGCCGACGAAGUCCAUGUGCUCCCCUCGCUCGCGUCCCUGUCGCUGAAGGAAGCAACGGUCACGCGAACAGGCCCGGCCGUCAGCGUCCUCGCAGACGUUGACAUCGCUCGCUUGCUCAGUCGACGUCUCCGGAUCACCGCGCGAGGCCCGAAGACCGCUGGCCACCGCGGCGCCUCGCCGCCGUCCUCCCCCUGUUCGCCGCUCCGCGGACCUGGCCGAGGUGUGGGUGUCUAUACAUCUGGUCUAUCAGGUCCGGAGCUAGAAGGCGCGGAGGCGGAGCCGGUGGACCGGGACUUCGCAGAGGGCCUGCGGGGACAGGCCGCGGCGGGCGACUGUCGCCGGGCCUUUCUCUGGGGGUCAGGGGGGUCGCCGGCGGCUCUGGAGGCGGCAACCGGAGAGCUGUCGAGACGAGGGAGGAAGCGGAAGAGAGCUGUGGCGUUGCUCGACAAGCUGCAGAUUCUCAGGUGUCUGAACUGCGGCGAAGUAGCGCGUGGCGGCUACAAAUUCGGCGACUACGUGAUCUGCAGGUGCUGCGGCGAGAACAACUUCGUGGUCGUUCGCGAGUGGAGCCCAAGCGGAGACGCGACCGCGGUCGGAAGGCCCGCCGGAGGAGACAGGCCUGCGGGCCCUGGCCCCGACGCAUGCGACGCGAAGCGGGAAGUGAACGGCUUGGAGAGACAGGGCGACAUGGGUGGAAAGGCGCUCGGCAGCGACGACAGCUCCAGCGAGGACGAGGUGCGACACCCGAUGUUUGAGUUUUAGCCAGAGAAAGGAGAAGACCGAGAAUCGAGGAGCGAGAGGCCAGACGAGAUGAAGAUGAGGGAGGCUGGGGAACGGAAAAGAGAGGCAUAGGCGACAGAGGAAGAGAGGAAGACGAGAGAACACAGAAGAUAAGUGAUGAGGGAAAGGACAGAUGAAGGGCGGACCGAUAGAAAAGCGUCGGAACCGGGGGAACAUGCAGAGAAGAAUCCACACGCCGGCCGGAGAGCUAGGAGGUCGACAAACGGCCGGUGAAAGCAUGAGGACGACACAACCGAGUCAGAGAGACAAGAAUGCUUGAAAGCGAAACGGCCAACGAAGGAACAGAGUCCUCGCCGUUCUGAGUUCGUCCGAGAAACAAGAGAGAGGAAUACGCCGAAAAGCGAGAUGGUGAAGCUAUAUCCUCGAAUCUUCUGGACGACACCCUCGACGUUCUAUUAUUUUCCAUUCGGCUCCGUCUUCUCUGACUCUACACAGAGCCCAAAGGGAAACUGACGACUCAAACUGAGUUCGAGGCCAAACGACGCCGCAUGCUGACGCAAAAGAUAUAUCUACAUCUAAAUCGGCUGUGGAGGGAGUAACAACCCUGCGCACUUUCCUCCAUGGCGAUCUGUGCAUAUACAGAAAUAUAUAUAUAUAUAUAUAUGUAUAUAUAUAUGUAUAUAUGUAUAUAUAUAUAUAUAUAUUGCGGAGGCAUCCGUAUUCAUGUGCGUGGUCGUGCAUGGAUACAUAUGUCUCUCUCUCUAUAUGUAUAUAUAUAUAUAUAUAUGUAUAUAUAUAUAUAUAUAUAUAUAUAAAUAGUGUCGGCGGCAGAGGUGUAGGACAGUGUAGAGUGAGUCUCUGUUGUCUGCCGCGUUUGCCAUUUUUCUCCGUGUCAGAAAGAGCUCGCUGAAAACCGUGCAGCAGGGCCUUAAGAGCGCAAGUUUUGUUUUGAUCUCGAACAAGACAACCGCACACUCGAGCAGACGCCGUCAAAAACUGCGCAUACA